CUCUCCUCUCUCUCUCUCUCCCUCUCCCUCUCUCUCUCUUUUAAAAAAUCAGCCAUUUGGGGUUUUAAGCCAUAAACGAUUUUUCUUGUUGCAGGGGAUUGCAGAGGCAAAGCUAGGCUAGGUCUUGGAGGCUGGUGUGAGGCGGUGCGGGUAAGGCAGGAGGGCUGCUGGAAGACACUGUGGAAGAAAAGCCGAAAUGGAUUCUCCGUGCCUUGGAUGGAGGAAGAGGGGGGAAGUGCGAGCUCCUUCAACUCCUUCGGUCCGGUGAGGAGUGAUCCAGCUUGGGCUGACAAGAGGCUCCGGGAGCCCUCACGUUCAGGGCUUUUUUACCUGCCAAUCAAACUGCUACAAGACAACACCCUGAUCUGGCGUGGACGCAUCAAACUUAGGAAUUCCCAAGACCCAUUUAAAAGAAAAUGGCUGGUUCCUUUGGUUUGAGAGUGCAGACAUCCCUUGCAAACCUAAGAAUGGCCUCCUUUCCUGUUUGCUGCUCCUCCUGUUUUGUUAGCCCUGGGUCCUGUGAGAAGCUUGCCAGGAGGUCCCUGAGCUGGAAAGACCAUGUGCUGCGAUUAAGGGUGUGUGCUACCGCCACCCAGCUUUGUAAGAAGGAUAAGCCUUUAGAGUACCCAGUCACCGUGGUAACUGCCAAAAAAAUUCUCCUGAAGUUUGAAGAGGUCAGCUCUCGGGGUCGACAACUCUGCCCUCUCCCCAAGCCCGUCUGCGAUGCUGGUCCUGCGGUUGGAGUGUCAGGCCAGAUCCGACCGUGGGAGGAUCAGUCUGUUCAAUUUGUUGGGAGCUAAGGGCUUCUGUCGGGAAUUCUGGAGAAGCCUGGGAGAUGCAGAUCAUGAGGACCCAUUGCCAUGAGAGAGAUACUACCUUUGGAAAUGUGGAAAAAACGCGCAGUGCUGACGUACAGGUGGAACACAAGAAGCUCUGUGGAUUCUGAAGAUGUUUCUUGUCUGUGCGUGGUGGCGCACGCCUUUAAUCCCAGCACUCAGGAGACAGAGGUAGGCAGAUCUCUAGUUCAAGACCAGCCU